CAGCCGAAGGAUGGGGGCGCUGCUUGCUCGGCGGUGCUGCCUUGGCACGAAGUGGGGGCAUGGGGCACCACCGCUCAGCCAACUGGCCCAGUAAGGACAGGCCCAGAGGUCCAGAGGCAGCCCGUGGGUGCCUCCGAGGUUCCCAGCCCAGGGUGUCACGGGUGGCCUGGCCCUUACUUCCUUUUGCACCUCUCCUUGUCUGGAGACUUGACUCAGCGGUUGGGGGUCAGGACACGCCGAUAAAGGAGGGCAGGCCGUGCCCCUCUUCAUGUCUGUCCUAACAGCUGAGAGACUAGGAGACCGGAGACCAUGCCUGCGCAGAGGGCACUCUUGGUACUUGAGUUUCUAACAGCACGGUGGCCUCUCCCUGUGCCAUCACCCGCUCCAUCCUUUCGGAAGGUCCAGUUUUAUUUUUAAUGGCUUAAAGAAUAAAACAAACCAGUACAAAAGGAUAUAGCGAGGAAAAAUACUUCCUCCCUCCCGAGAGGUAACCCCUCCCCAGUCUCUCUUUUUAAUACCUGCCUUCUAUUCUGCCCUGUGAAUGUGCCAUAAUUUAUUUUGCCAGGCACCUAUCAAGGGAUAACAUAGAUUAUUCUGGGCUUUUUGUAUAAAUCAACAGACUUUGUCAAGGGCCAGAUAGUAAAUAUUUCAGGCUUUGUAGGCCAGGCAGUCUCUGUUGCAACCGCUCAACUCUGGCCCUCGCAGUUCAAAAGCAGCCACGGGUGAUGUGUGAAUGAAUGGGCGUGGCUGUGUGCCAAUAAAACUUUAUUUACAAAGCCACACAGCCGGCCAGAUUUGGCCCACAGGCUGUAAUUGACCAACCCCUGGUAUAAAGGAUCCUACAACAGACAGCCUUGUACAUGGUUGGGGCAUAUGUCUGAGUGUAUAGGGUAAAUUCCUAGAAUUAUAAAAAGGCAUAUUUUUAAUUUUGAAGAGUAUUGCAAAUUACCUUCUAAAGAAUGCUUCAGUGUACACACUUCUUGGUGAAGUGUGCUUGCUCCUCCAUUCCUUCAUUACUACGUGUUAUUUUUGCCAAUCUUAGGAGUGACACAUGGCAUCUCACUGUAAUUCAAAUGCACAUUUCUUUUAUGUGUACGAAUAUUUUCAUGCUUUAAGACACUUGUUUAGGAGUAAUCAUUUGCCCACCUUUCUUUUGAUCUAUUGACCUCACUGAUUUGUAGACACUCUUUAUAUAUGAAGGAAAUCAGUCCAUGGUCAUACAUGUUGCAAAUUGAACUGUGUUGCUGAUCUCAAACUGUUUUAUGGGUAGGAAACUCAGCCAGUGAAUGUUUAAAAUCAUCUCAGGAACAAGAAGAUGUCUUGCCCUUAAUCCGCUGUGAAAGAAAGUGGAGAGGCAACUAGUCACAAGUCACAGAAUGACAGAAGCUGGUGAGAAAGGGGGCACUGGGGUUGCCCCCCGAGGCUUGGCAGCCCGCGCCCUGCAGUUGUCUCAAGCAGGAACUUUUUGGGGGUGGGGUGGGGCGGGGCGUGCCUCACAGCAUUCGGGAUCUUAGUUCCCCAACCAGGGAUCGAACCCACACUCCCUGCAGUGGAAGCGUGGAGUCAACCACUGGACCGCCAGGGAAGCCCCUCAAGCAGGAGCUCUUCAUCGGAACUUACUACCCCUACCUCCCUCGGUCAGUACUCAGCAUCCAUCGGCCAAACUUCAGUCAGUUGUAUUCCUGCCCGGACAACAAGGCCUGGGGAGGGACAUGGGGGGAUGGGGGAUGGGCAGCUACAAAAGGACAAGUGUCUGCUGGCAGAAGGUCUUGGUCUUGGAGGUGGCAGGUUAAGAGACAUUUGUUUUCUUCACGGUUGAUACAGGGCCGCUUGUUUUCUCCACCAUGGUGGGAUUUCCAUCUGAGGGAGGGUUCCCACUCUGUUUCAGGUCGCCCGUGUACAUGCUCGAGUCCUUUCUUGGUGGAAGUGCUCAGCUCUUCCCUAACUGGCAAGAACCCAUAAGCGAUGACAUAAAAACCCACUUCAUAUCGUUGGCAGAUACUUUCCCAGUUUGUCAUUUGCCUUUCAAACAUGUUUAUGGUAUUUUUUUAAUUCUCUAUUUUUUUUAAAUUGAAGUAUAGUUGAUUUAUAAUGCUGUAUGGUGUUUUGUUUUUUCGGCCGCACCUCGAGGCAUGCUGGAUCCUAGGUCCCCAACCAGGGACCGAACCCAUGCCCCCCUCAGCAGAAGCGCGGAGUCCCAACCACUGGACCACCAGGGAAGCCUCUGUUUCUUUUUUUUGUUUGUUUUUUUAAAAUCAACUAUAGACACAUGAGAAGUUGCAAAAACAGUGCAGAGUCCCGUGUACCCUUCAUUCACCCAGCUUACAUCUUACUUAGCUAACCCUAGCACACUGUCACACCAGGAAACUGAUGUGAAUACGACACAAUUAACUAGACUCUAGACCUUAUUCAGAUUUUAUCAGCUUUCACAUGCACUCAUUUGUGUGUGUGUAGUUCUAUUCCACGCUGUCACCUGUACAGAUUCCUAGAACCACCCCCACAGUCAAAAUACAGAGCUGAUGGGGACUUCCCCGGUGGGUCAGGUGAUUAAGACUCCGUGCUUCCACUUCAGGGGGCCCAGGUUUGAUCCCUGGUCCGGGAACUAGGAUCUCACAUGCUCUGCAGCCAAAAAGAAAAAAAAAAAAAAAAAAGAAAAUACAGAGCUGUUUAUUCACCACAAGGGAGCUCCUUCAUGCAUCCUCUUUUUUUUUUUUUUUUUUUUUUGGUACGCGGGCCUCUCACUGUUGUGGCCUCUCCCAUUGCAGAGCACAGGCUCUGGACGCGCAGGCUCAGCGGCCAUGGCUCACGGGCCCAGCCACUCCACGGCAUGUGGGAUCUUCCCGGACCGGGGCAUGAACCCGUGUUCCCUGCAUUGGCAGGCGGACUCUCAACCACUGCGCCACCAGGGAAGCCCCAUGCAUCCUCUUUAUUAUGUCCUCACCCACCCUGUUUAUGGUGUCCUGACCAUGGAGAGAAAAGUCGUGAUACCUGUGUUAUCAAAUCUUUUCUUCCUUUAUGACUGCUAGAUUUCAUGUCAUGAUCAAAAAGCAGGAUCUUGGGAAUGAUGGGUUUUUUUCUUUUAAUCCCUUCAGUUUUUUGUUCGUUUUUUGGAGGCAAAAAGGAAAACAGAGAAACAAGAGGCUUAGGGCUCAGUCUUUCUGAAAACACACACACACCUACCCCUCUUUGAGUAGGAAACUCAAGACCACUCACAACUGAAAUACCUUGUUAGCAAAAGCGCUUGGCCACUAAUUGAAUCCUUCAUAGCGACAGGCUGGUCAAACACAGCGCUGAGGUUAUGGAGAUAUAAGGGAAUCCUGCUGUGUUUAACACAGAAUAGGUCUGCCGGCCUCCAAUUUAUGGAGCCAAUUCCUAACGGUCCACAGCAGCCAGCUGCAAAGAGGGAGCUAUUUCUGCAGAAAUAGUGGAGUUCCCUAAUGCCCUUCAUCCAGCUUCCCCUAAUGUGAACAUCUUACGUCACUAUGGUACAAGCCAGGUUAUUGAAGCCAGGAAAUUAACAUCAAUACAAUCCUAUUAUCUAAUAUACAGACCUUAUUUGGAUUUCACCAUUUCUCCCUCUAAUGUCAUUUUUCUGGUCCCGGAUUGUUUGUGUCCUCUGCCCCCAAAUUCAUGUUGAACCCUAACACCCAGUGUGAUGGUAUGAGGAGGUGGGGGGGGUCUUUGGGAAAUGAUUAAGUCAUGAGGGUGGAGCCCUCAUGAAUGGGAUUAGUGUCCUCAUAAAGGGACCCCAGAGAGCUCCCUCUCUCCCUCCAUAAUGUAAGGACAUAGCAAGAUGGAGUCUGUGAACCAGGAAAUGGGCUCUCACCAGACACCAAUUCUGCCAGAGCCUUGAUCUUGAAUUUCCAGCCUCCAGAUCUGUGAGAAAUAAAUGUGCGUUGUUUAAGCCAGCCAGUCUGUGGGACUUUGUUAUAAUAGCCCAGACUAAGGCAAGGAUCCAAUCCAGGAUCCCACAUUUCCUUUCCAUGUCUUGGUCUCCUCACUCUGUGAUGGUUCCUCAGUCUUUGUCUUUACUGACACUUUUUUUUUUUUUUUCCCGAUACGCGGGCCUCUCACUGCUGUGGCCUCUCCCGCUGCGUAGCACAGGCUCCGGACGCGCAGGCUCAGCAGCCAUGGCUCACGGGCCCAGCCGCUCCGCGGCAUGUGGCAUCCUCCCGGACCGGGGCACGAACUCGCGUCCCCUGCAUCGGCAGGUGGACUCUCAACCACUGCGCCACCAGGGAAGCCCCCUUUCCUGACACUUUUAAAGAGUACUGCCAGUUAUCCUGGUAGAAUGUCUCUCAACUUGGAUUCAUUUGGUAUUUGCUUUGAUUAAACUGAGGUCGUCCAUUUUGGACAGGAAUUCCACGGAGAUGCCACUGAGAAUGUCCUUCUCUGCAUCCCAUUGGCGGCUCCACGGUGUCACUGUCUCAUUUUUAGCGACGUUGACUUGAUCACUAGGCUAAAGAUGGUGUCACCACUGUAAAAUUACUACUUUCCCUUUGUAACCAAUAUGUAUCUUGGGGGGGAAAUACUUUGAGACAACGCAAAUAUCCUGUUUGUCACCAUACGUUUCCCCCACCAGUUUUUAGCAGCGAUCCACGGAUCUUGGCUGUAACAAUCAUGAGGUGUUUGCUCAACGGUUAUCUGUCAUUUCCCUCAUUCUGCCUACAGGUAUUAAUCUGAAUAUUAGUGGUGAUCUUUUAUUUCUUUCACUCCUUGUACACGUACGAACUGGAGGAGCUGAAGGGUCAAUCACUUGCCUAGUGAGAGACGAAUGGACCCUAAACCAAGGAACCUGUUCCAAUUUCACGCACCCCAGGACUCUAGCUGUACUUCCAAGCCCCGCCCCAAGAUGGCGGCCCGGGCCGGAGGGGCGGGGCGCUCCGGAUCACGUGGCCGUGUCGACGCCGACGGGGCCUGCGGCGGACGCCCCACUUGUCCCUCGCCGCGCUCCGUCCGUCGUCCCUGCCCAGUGAACCUGAUCUCAAGAUGGCGGCGCCCAGCAGAAGAAGGAAUGGCGGCGGCGGCGCCGUGAGCUUGUGGGCCGCGCUGCUCCUGGUGGCCGUGGCGCUGAGGCCGGCACGGGCCGUGUCUGAGCCCACGACGGUGGCCUUUGACGUGCGGCCCGGCGGCGUGGUGCACUCCUUCUCCCAGAACGUGGGCCCUGGGGACAAAUAUACAUGUGUGUUCACCUACGCAUCUCAAGGAGGGACCAAUGAGAAGUGGCAGAUGAGUCUGGGGACCAGCGAAGACCACCAGCACUUCACCUGCACCAUCUGGAGGCCCCAGGGCAAGUCCUACCUGUACUUUACGCAGUUCAAGGUGGAGGUGCGGGGUGCUGAGAUCGAGUACGGCAUGGCCUACUCGAAAGCUGCUUUUGAAAGAGAGAGCGAUGUGCCCCUGAAAAACGAGGAAUUUGAAGUGACCAAAACAGCAGUGUCCCACAGGCCCGGGGCCUUCAAGGCUGAGCUGUCCAAGUUGGUGAUCGUGGCCAAGGCGACUCGCAGUGAGCUGUGACCAGGAGUCCCUUUGAGGGCAGCUUUUCCUCAUCUCUGCUGAAGGAGCUGGGCCCCAUGAGGGCCCAGUACUUGUUUUCUGGGGGGGUGGGGGCUGUUAAUUUUCUGCCCAGGCUGAUGUUGCCCCGUUCAGAGGGCUUCGCAGGGCAGCUGAGGCCCCAGGGCAGAGUCCAGAGGGCCAGGACUCGCCUGGCUCCCACCUUCCCCUCCCCACGAGGAGUGUGGCUCUGAGACCCACUGCUCUUCUUAUCAGAAGAGGCAUCAGGGCACAAGGUGGGGCUCAUGGGGGUCACAGCUUUUCUGAAGCCAGCAACGUCUCCCCUGGAUCAGGCCAGGCUCCGGGAUGCUCCUGGGGAGAGCCGUCCUGCUGCUCCCUGACCCUAAGCCAGCUGUUUUCUUGUCAUCCCCCAGGGGACAAACUUUCAGACUAACUGGGCAGAAGUGAAAUGUUCUUUCAUAUUUAAAUAAAUAAGACAAUUAAAAAGUAA